AAUCCCGUAACUCUUCUCAAAACAGAGAGAGAGAAGGGAAAUUGUCCCAAAAGAGAGAUGCUGCUAUUACCGCCGCCAGCAUCUGUCACGCGCUUCUCUUCUCCAUCUCUCUCCCCUUUCAUUCGCCAAAACCCUCUCUCUUCCCCCACCGCCAUCUGUAGCUUCAACACCACUACUAGCAGCAGCAGCACUUACUCCGCUUCGGCAUUUGAUCGAACAUAUUCCAUUCAAGAACGCUGUCGCUAUGACUUCACACCUCUCCUUGACUAUCUUUCCAAAACUCCAACCCAAACUCCCGGUACAGUGCCUGAGACCCCGACCGCGCUUUCCCCGACGGAGCUCCGCCUCGCCGAAUCCUACCGAGCUGUCCCCGCCCCGCUCUGGCACUCCCUCCUCAAAUCGCUGUCGACGGACCCCGCCACGAUCCCGUCUGCUGCCGCCCUCGUCUCCUUCCUCCAAACUCACAACCUCUGUUUCUCCCUUCACCUGCUAUACUCUAUCCUCAUACACGCCCUCGGCCGCUCCCAGCUCCUCUACCACGCUUUCCUGCUCUCCCGGCUCUCCCCCUCUCCCCUCUCUCCUCUCACCUACAACGCCCUCAUCGCUGCCUGCGCCCGCAAUGACGACCUCGAGAAGGCACUCUCCCUCCUCUCCCGCAUGCGCCAGGACGGGUUCCUCCCCGACCACACCAACUACAGCCUCGUUGUCCAGUCCCUCACCCGCUCUAACAAGUCUGACCCGUCUGUCCUCCGCAAGAUCUGCUGCGACAUCGAGGCCGACUACAUUGAGCCUGACGGGCAGCUGCUCAAUGACCUCAUCGUUGCUUUUUCCAAGGCAGGGGACCCGAAGCAGGCUCUCCACUUCCUUUCCAUGGUCCAGAGCCAGGGGCUGAACCCGAAGACUGCUACAUUCGUUGCGGUUAUUUCUGCGCUGGGGAAUUUGGGCCGGACGGAUGAGGCGGAGGCCAUUUUUGAGGAGAUGAAGGAAGGGGGGUUGAAGCCGAGGACGCGGGCGUUCAAUGCACUGCUUAAAGGGUAUGUGAAAGCGGGUUCUUUGAAGGAUGCUGAAUCGGUCGUGUCUGUGAUGGAGGAGAGUGGGGUCCACCCAGACGAGCAUACAUAUAGCCUUCUGAUUGAUGCAUAUACGAAUGCGGACCGGUGGGAGAGUGCAAGGAUAGUGUUGAAGGAGAUGGAGGCAAGCAACGUCCGCCCGAAUUCAUAUGUCUUCAGCCGGAUCUUGGCGAGUUAUCGGGACAAGGGCGACUGGCAGAAGUCGUUUUCAGUGCUCAAGGAGAUGAAGAGUAAUGGGGUCUGCCCGGAUCGGCAUUUCUACAAUGUCAUGAUUGACAUGUUUGGGAAGUAUAAUUGCCUCGAGCACGCGGUGGAUACGUUUGAACGGAUGAAAUCGGACGGGAUUCAGCCGGAUACUGUGACAUGGAAUACAUUAAUUGAUAGCCACUGUAAGGCUGGCCGGCACGAGCGGGCCCGGGAGCUGUUCGAGGAGAUGCAGGAGAGUGGGUGUCUGCCCUGCACGACGACUUACAACAUCAUGAUCAAUUCGUUAGGGGAGCAGGAGAAGUGGGAGGAGGUGAAGAGCUUGUUGGGGAAGAUGCAGUCCCAGGGGUUGCUGCCGAAUGUUGUCACAUACACCACGCUGGUGGAUAUAUAUGGGCAGUCGGGGAGGUUUAAGGAUGCGAUCGAGUGCUUGGAGGUCAUGAAAGCGACAGGGUUGAAACCUUCUUCGACAAUGUACCAUGCGUUGGUCAAUGCAUAUGCACAAAGGGGUUUGUCUGAGCAAGCUGUAAAUGCAUUCAGAGUCAUGAGAGCUGAUGGUAUAAAGCCCAGUGUUUUAGUCCUCAAUUUGUUGAUUAAUGCAUUUGGCGAGGAUAGACGGGACGCCGAAGCCUUUGGUGUGUUGCAGUAUAUGAAGGACAAUGAUUUGAAGCCAGAUGUUGUGACAUAUACAACCCUUAUGAAAGCUCUAAUCCGUGUAGAGAAGUUUGACAAGGUUCCGGCUGUAUAUGAAGAGAUGAUUUUAUCUGGGUGCACUCCCGACAGAAAAGCUAGAGGAAUGUUGCGUUCAGCACUCCGUUACAUGAAACAGUCAUUGAGUUCAUAGCUGAGAAAAACACGAUCUAAUCAAGCUCACACAAAUUGCAUGAUUUGACUACUAUGCUGAGUUACUCAAUGCUAAGUGAAGACCAAAAGCAUGCAAGUUGCUGCCGUGGCAUGGAAACGAAAGAGGGGUGGGUCCAAGGCAUCGUCCAUCAAAGGGUUCUGAUCAGAUGACUACAACGAUUGUAUUCAAGUCAGAAUUAAGAAGAAAGAACAUCUGUACUCCCAAGGUUACCUCCAUGAUUCUUAGGUUUUCUGUUACUGAAGAUCUUCCUACAUUACUAAAAAAAAUAAGAAGAAAGACUCCAAUUACUUGUAUAUGUUCCUCCCUCUCUGACGAAUUCUUGUUUGUAAUUAAUUUUCUACUGGCAUUAAAGAAAUAUUGUGUACACA